AUGAACAUUAGACAAUUCAAAGUAACAGCAUAUCGUAACCGUAUUUCAGAAGAUGUGUUUAUGGAGAUUCUCAAUGAAAUGGAAGAAUUUUUGAAACAUGUCGUUCAAAGUAAAGAUUAUGAUUUUGAAACUGUUUUUAAUGCCAAGUCUAUUUUAGAAGAAAUGUCAAAUGGGGUCAUGGUAUGUCGUUUGCACGCUAAGGAUAACCGUAAAUUGACGUUUAUGUACUUGGCGAAUGAUGUUAUUCAAAACAGCAAGAAAAAGGGACCCGAGUUUGGGAGAGAGUUUGGUGGCGUUCUUCGCAAAGCUUUCGAGUGCGUAUCAGGCCCCGACAGCGACGAAAAGACCAAAAAGAGUUUGGAGAGGAUCUUGGGCAUAUGGGAGGAUAGAGCUGUGUAUGAUGCAAGGCUUAUUAAAGAAUUUAAGAAAGGCUUGGAGGGACCACCUGCUAAUGAUGGUGGGACACCUCCAAAGAAGAAGCCCAAGAUGAUGGAGGAGGUGAGAACUGAGCAAGAACCAGAAAAAUCUGCAAAGAAAGAGGCAUCUAAUAGAGUAAAAGCUCCUCCAAGGCAACAUAAAUUAUCUGAGACUGAAGUAGAAGUUGAUGGCAAGAAAGAGAAGCACACAAUGCUAUCUCCACGCACACCUGCUAGAGAUGCUCCUGAACCAGAAGAACUUAUUAAAGCUUUGCUGGAUUUGGAGAAUUCUGCCUCAAGUGAUGCAGCUAUUAGAGAGAGAAUUGCCAAUUUACCACCUGAAGUCUCAGAAAUAAAUUUGCUGAACAAACUAGAAGAUAAAGCAGCAGCUGAUAAAUUAGCUGUACAAGUGAAUGAAGCAGUCCAACUACUGACGGAGUAUAAUGCUCGGCUGGCAAUGGAAAUGGAUGAUCGUAAAAAAGUAACGCAAAUGUUGAAUGACUUCAUUCAAACCCAGAAAGACAUGCUUUCUCAUGCUGAACAAAGACUUGAGGAAUAUUCAGAAAAGCUCCAAAAAGUAUAUGCUGUUAGGCAGGAAGUGAAAUCUCACAUUCAGAAUCUCCCUGAUUUAACUCAACUUCCAGAUGUCACUGGUGGCCUAGCACCCCUGCCAUCGGCUGGUGACCUCUUUAGUUUGCCGUGAUUGUAUUGUCUUCCUAUGGCAACAUCCUAAAGACUGUACAUAUAUAUAUGUGAAAUAAGUAUAAUUAGUUAUGUUCAGAAAGGAUAAAGGCAAAAGGAAGCAGUUUUUUCUGUCCAUUAUGUAUAUCUGUGAACCUCUAUACUGAUUGGUUGUCAGACAUAGUCAUAAGUUUAUGUGAACCAAAAGCUUCAGUAGUUCAAAAUUAGUAAUUUGAUUGCUUUAGCAGGCAGGUGGUAAAGUAACUCCAGUGCCUGUUCAAAUAUAAUUUCCUUAUAUUCUCCCCUAGCCUCAAAAUCAAGAAUGGAAAAGAGCUCAGUGAAGUACAUAGUAUAUUGCUCAUAUUUCAGUUGGUGCUUUGAUGAAUGCUAUUUAUAGCAUUUUGUUAUUUUUUCAAACUGAUGUAAUAAUGUAAUGGUAAAUUGAUUGGAAUUGCUUCAUACGAAGAGCUGUACUUUUUGACCCAGAUACAGUGUAAGGCUAGUGUUUUGUAUUUUGUCUGGGUAUAAAACCUUGUGCAUUUUAUCUUUCAAGACUGGUCCGUUCAGAAUUGUUUAUAAGUUUUUAGUUUCCUGAAUUUUUUAAAUUUAGGUGAUAAUAUCAAUGGUGUCAUUUGACAUGUAAAUUUUGAAAUAUGUUCAUACCUAGUUCUUGCCUGUACAUCCUGACUUUGGAACAUUAAGGUACCAUUAGACUGAAAAUGAUUGUGAUGUACUGAUGCUCUGCAUGACAAAAUAGCUCAAAACUAGUGUACUUUACUUCAGCAAGAUGUUGUGCAAAGAUAUGUGAAACAUAUCGUUGACUAAUCAGAAGUACUAUUGAAUUGUUCAACACUUUCUGUGAAAGAUGUAAAAUUCGCAAAUUAUUUAUUUCACAAGUAAUGAGGAUCCAAGUUAAUAUUAUCCAUGAUCUCCUACCGAAAACCAGGUACUGGAGUAGUUUGCAGAUUGACUGACUGACUUCACAUUUCAAAUGCAUGAGCUGAAUAUGGAUGUGAUUAUAAGUAUAAGAAUAUAUUAUUUUGUUGUAUAUUGAUAUAAGUUCUCUCAUUAGCCUCAUACAUUUAUUUGAAGUUACUUGUUAAUUAAAAUAUGAAUUAUGCAGUAUGUUAGAAGAAUCUAUAAAAUAUUCAUGUGAAGUAUUUUGUCAAACCAUAAAUUGUCAUCAAAUAUGUGUGUUUUAGACUCCAAAGAUGAUUUUGCUGCAUUGAUUGAGUGAUUGAAUGCUGUAGUAUUUGACGAUUGUGUGUUUUGUGUCAGGAAAUUGUUUUCCUGUGUUUACAACAAGAUUUGGGUUGUUUGCACUUUCAUCAGCAGUUUAAUUUGUUACAUCCCCAUAUUGAUGGUUUUCAUUGUCGAUUGGGAAAUGGUACAUGUACUUAGCUUGAUCGGUAAAGUAGAAACUUCAUUACACCCUAACUGUGUUUUUGGUAAUUUUGUUUGUUUAUUAGCACUCUGUAGAUCUGGCAAAAUACAUUUUUGCACCAUGCACAAGACAUGUACAUUUUCAGCGACGUGAUGACUAUAUAUUGUACUCUGCUUGUGAAGUAAAAAACAUUUCCCAAACAAAAGCUGGUUUUGUGAAAUUUUUACAUUAUUUCACCCAAUAGAUCUUCUGAAUCCUUUAUGGAUUGUUUUAAUUAACAAUCCUUUCAUGUAUCCCAAAUAGGGUCAUAUUAUUUAAUAAAAGCUUAAUAGAACUAUGAAAGAAGAAAUUAACAGAUUUUUAAUUGAAUUAUCAUAAAUUGGCCAAAAAAGGUUUCAGAGAUUAAAACUACUCAAUUAAAAACUACUAUAAUACAAGCACUCACUUUGUUUAUUCUAGGGUUCCUAUAGGUCCUGUGAAAUAUGGGAUUGCCCUGUAUUUCCAAGAUUGUUACACUGUAGAGGCAACAAAAGAUUCGUUGAACAGC